AUGUUUAAAAAUCUAAAAAAGAAACUUGAGCAAGGAGGAGAUGACAGCAAUGAGAGAAAUUCAUCUUCUGAAUCUCUGGGCAAGCCAUUGGCUGAAAGCACACCUCAGAAGCCUACCGAUCAGGUUACAUCUGCAGCCCAGAAAGCCAACACUCCAGUUACAGGAGGACCAAGAAACAAAAGUGAUGUGUCAGUUCCAGUUGGGCAGCUCGUUGACAUACCACUUUUUGAAGGUGUUGACUCCACUCAGUAUGAGACAGCCUCUGAUAUGAGUUCUAUUCGAGGAGAUGAAACCCCAAAAGGUCCAAGGUCACGCACAUCUUCCAUAAGUUCCAUGACAAGUGACAAUUCGUUCUUCCCAAAUGUCAGUUUCUCUCACAGUUAUUAUGUGCCAUCAGAUGUCGAGAGUGAAAUUGAUGAGUCCUCUGUCAAUUUGUCUGCCGUGUCCAAGGAGGAUCUUUAUGCUUUCGUCAAACGUUUUGAGCGAAGAGCUUUCAAGUACAAGUCUAAGUUUAUGGAACUGGCAACAGCCUAUAAAGACAUGAUGCAAGAGAGAGAGAAGUUGAAGCUGACGAUGGCUCAAUGUCAGGAUAGAGCUUUCCGCCGUAUGUCUGAGCUGAGAGAACAGAUUCAGUUGGACCAGCUGGCAAAAAGAGAUCUCGAGGACAACUACAGGCUACUUCUGGAUGAGAAAGACGAAUAUAUGAAAGUGUUACAAAUGCAGAUUAAACUACUGAAGGAUGGAAAGGAAAUUCCAGAGGAACUACAAGAAAAACUACUCAGCAAACAAGCUAAGGCUGAGGCGAGCCCUCCGACCGCUGGUGGUGAUAGCAAGGCAAAUAUUUCAACAAAUGAAGAAAUUGAAUUGUUGAAAUCAAAGAUAAAGCGUCAGGAUGGACUGUUGCAGAAAUGUAAAGAAACCAUUACAAGCUACAAAGAGAAAGUCUCUCAGUUGUCACUUGACAAACAAGAGCUUCUUGGCAAAUUAGAUUUGAAGUCAGGUGAAAGAGUCAAUUCCCAGACCCCAGAGGAAGUCUCAAAACUGCAGGCACAGAUUCAGGAGGCAAGACAAGUCAUAGAACAGCUGGAGUCUGACAGGGAAGUUGCAGUUGCUGGUGUCAAACAGCAGAUUCAUGAAGAACUUGCCAGAAAGGAUGCUGAGUUAGAACAGAUGAAGGGAGAACAUCAGAGACUUGUGGCUGAAAACAACAGCUUAAAACUUGAAGUGGAGAGAUUGGCUACAGAAGCAGAGAAUCUCAGCAGAACCAAUAAAGAGCAACUUGAAAAAGCAAGGAGUAUAAUGAAACAACUGAAACAUGACAAACAAAUGGCACUUGAACAGGCAGAAGAAAGGAUUAGACAAGCAGAGCAGAACAUGGAGGAUGAGAAAGAGAAGAUGAUCAGUGAUUUGAAGAGAGGCAAAGCUGAGGCAUUCUCUGUCAUGCAGCAAGAGUUAGAGAAAAAUAUGGCUGAGAAAAUUCAUGCGGCCUUAGAGGAAAGGGACAAAAUGUGGAAUAUUAAAAUGGCUGAACAUGAAGAGGCACACAGUGAAAUAUUACAGUCAAAAGACAAAGAAAACGAAACGGCACUGUUAUUGUUACAAGAAGAAAUAAGUCAGUUGUUGAAAGAAAAGGAGGAAGAGGUCAGACAUACGCAGGAAGAGAGGCAACAGCAGACACUGGCAGAUGUGAGCAGUCUAAAUGAACACAAGGAUGGUUUGAUCCAACAGAUACAGAACCUCACGUCUGAGAAGACAGAGCUUAAUAACAGACUGACAGAGUUGCAAGAUUUGGAGAACCUCGUGGCAGAGCUGAGAGAGACAUUGAAGGGGAAAGAACUGGAACAUGAUAGAUUAACAGAGGAGCUGAAGUCUGACUAUGAGGCAAGAUUGGCUGGGGAGAAAAGUUCCUUGAGUGAACAAGCUGCACAGGAAAUGGAUUUUCUAAAACAGAGGCAUGCUGAAGAGAUGAAGGAUUUACAGGAAAAGCAGGGACAGAGUUUGCAG